CCCCCCCCCCCCCCCCCCCCACUCUCCCGCACUAUCACACACGCAGCCCGCGCCAACCAUGCUUGCAGCCUCUCGCGCGCUCUGCCGGGCCCCGGUCCCGGCCCGCUCGCUCACCUCCGCGGCCAGCCCCCUGCCGCCGGAGCUCGCUGACUCGCUGACUCUCCGGCGAUUGCUGCCCGGGACGGCGGUCCUGCGCGCUGCGCUGGCGGUGGAUGUGGCCCUCGGCGCGCCGGAAACCCCGGACCAGGCGGACGUCCGGGCCGCCGGCGACCGGCGCCGGGUGUAUGCCCUGACCCCGGCCCCGGGCGCGUCGGCCGCCGUGCGGGACUUCCUCGCGCAGGCCCCCUACGCUCCGGCCCCGCCGGCCUUCAUCCAGGCGGCCCUCGCCCCGGCCGCCGGCGCCAUGCCGAACAAUGUCCACUUCCUGACGGACGUCCCCCUGGCCCCGGGCGCCGUGGCCACCGCCCUCCAACACCCGACCCAGGUGGAUCCAUCGUGCGACACGGCGGUCUUCUACUCGCUCAACGCCCCGCAGGGCGGCCUGGCCCUCGGGGCGCGCGUCCUGGACGAGGCCCUCGGCGCCCUGACCGCCGAGAGCGCCGGGCGCAUUCGCUUCUGGGGGACCCUCUCCCCGAUCCCGGGCUUCGGCCGGUGGCUUUCCAGUCCGGAGUCUCCGCUGCCCGGCGGCCUGCCGCCGGCCCUGGCCGAUCGGCUGGUCCGGCACUCGCCGCGCAUCGCCGCCCUCACAGCCGAGGGGACCCCCUCGAUGUUGCACGCCCUGGCGCGCUUCCUCCAGGAGCGCAGUGCCGCCGCCCCCGCCGCCCUCUUUGUCGACCCCGAGGAGGAGCAGGCCAUCGGCGCGGCGCUCAUGUUCCUCAUGUCGCACUAUGUAACCAGCAGGCGUGCCCGCGGCGGCGGCGGCGGCGGCGGCGGCGGCCCGGUGGACUCGGUGGCCCGCUUCCACCUGGGCAACGGAGCCCGCCUGGGGGCCAUCCACUGGCGUGCCCAGACCACCCCCAUGGGCAUCGCCGGCUUCGGCACCAUCAUGGCCAACUACAUCUACGACCUUGACAAGGUGGAACACCGCCGGGAGCACUUCCGCGCGGGCGGCCAGCGCCCCGACGGCCCGGAACUCCUGGUCGCCGAGGACAUCCUCCUUUGGCGCGACCCGGCCGCCUGGGACCGGCCCCUGGUCGCCGACACCCUGGCCAAGCAGCGCGCCUCGCCCUGGUGCCCGGGGUCCUGACACCACCGCGCGCCGACGCCGCCCCCCCCCC